AUGUCUUCGCUCUCCAGCACUCACACUGGCAGCCUCUUCGACGCGGUCCACCUCCUCUCGGGUGUUGACCUGCUGUCUCGCGUACUUCGCAGUAUCUCUCCUGCUCUUCGACGGCUCUACUGCUUCCUGUUCGGCUAUGCACUUGCUCCUUCGCUGGAUGCGCCUCCUACGGUCUUCCUAUUGGACGGCCCACGCGCAUCAGUGUACUCGAACAGUGGCGGAUACUCCCCGGUCAAGGCCUUUGUUCCCGCCUGCAUACUGGGGAGCAUCAUUCUGCUCGUCUUUGGUUUUACUAUCGUCUAUCGGUUCUCUCGCUCUAGGACGCCUCACUCUGAACUCUCCCCUGGUAUUCAAUUCUAUUACGACACCAUCUACGACACCAUCGACAACCCUGGGGACGCCCGCUCUUCCUCCUGGGCUAGUGAUGACGACAACUAUGAAGAACAUCACCUCGACUUCAUCAGCGGCAUCGACGAGGAUGCCAACUUCGAACAGCUCCCACCGGUGCCCCUCCCCUUGAAUUC